GAACGACUAGCAUCAAACGAGCAUCAAGAUGCAGCUCUUCUUGCGUGCCCAGAACACUCACACCCUUGAGGUGACAGGACAGGAGACUGUCAGAGACCUCAAGGUCCAUGUCCAGAGUCUGGAGGGUCUCCUAGUGGAGGACCAGGUGUUGUUGCUGGCUGGCUCCCCCCUGGAGGAUGCUUCCUCUCUGGUGGAAUGUGGCAUCUCUGAGCACUGCACCCUGGAGGUGGCUGGCAGACUGCUGGGAGGAAAGGUCCAUGGCUCCCUGGCCCGUGCCGGUAAAGUGAGGGGACAGACACCCAAGGUUGACAAACAGGAAAAGAAGAAAAAGAAGACUGGUCGUGCCAAGCGUCGCAUCCAGUACAACAGGCGCUUCGUCAAUGUUGUGCCCACCUUCGGCAAGAAGAAGGGCCCCAACGCCAACUCCUAAAAACACUGCCCCCCCCCCCCCCCCUCAGGAGAAUGCUUGUGAUCACACCCCUUUCAUUUUAACCCACUGAAAGGUUUCCUCCUGUACAGAAUAAAAAUUUGGCUCAGACUAAA